CGUGGCGUCGGGUGUUUUGGUUUGGAUUUUUUUUUCCACGAAAGAAGUUUGCCUUGGCCACGCCUCAAGGCGGCCGCCUCCUCCUGCCCCCUCCUCCGCCCCUCGGCGCACACCUCUGGUGCAGAUUGCAAAGCGCUUUCCGUUGCGAGAGCUGCAAAUUUUGCAAAAGCUAGGCUCGCCCACCUUGUAAGAAGAAGCGCCUGUGUCCCUGGUAUCCUCAAUUGCAAGAGCUGGUCGCCUGAUUUGGUCACCGGCUCAUCCAGACUGUAUGAUCUCCCGGGACCCUCUUGAGUUGCACGUUUCUGCACCAAGGACCGUAAUUCCCCUUCGCUCCUAGGAUUUGCAGCGUUCUGGAUACUGGAGGCUUGCAAGCUACGCUUGCCCAACCUUGGGCAGACACUCGCCCGAACCACAGGAGUGUGCCGGAGGCAGGCCAGUCCUUCGCCUCUCCAUGAGCCCAUGAACCUGGGGGCAGGUGCCCGGAGAUGGCGCGGCCUCUGAGCGACAGGACCCCGGCCCCCCUGCUGCUGGGCGGCCCGGCGGGGGUGCCCCCUGGUGGGGGCGCGCUGCUUGGGCUUCGGAGCCUUCUGCAGGGGACCAGCAAGCCCAAAGAGCCGGCCAGCUGUCUCCUGAAGGAAAAGGAGCGCAAGGCGGCUCCGCCCGCAACUACCGUCCCCGGGCCCGGCCUGGAGACUGCGGGCCCGGUAGAUGCCCCAGCUGGGUCGACAGGGGGCGGCGGGUCCCCGCGGGGGCGGCCGGCGGCGGCGGUGCCUGGCCCGGGUCUGUUGGCGCCGCUGCUGUGGGAGCGCACGCUGCCUUUCGGGGACGUGGAGUACGUGGACCUGGACGCCUUCCUGCUGGAGCACGGGCUCCCGCCCAGCCCGCCGCCCCCGGGUGGCCCGUCGCCGGCGCCGUCGCCCGCGCGCACGCCCGCACCCUCCCCGGGGCCGGGGUCCUGCGGCUCGGCCUCCCCUCGCUCUUCGCCCGGGCACGCCCCCGCCCGGGCUGCCUUGGGGGCCGCCGGCGGCCACCGCGCAGGGCUGACCUCUCGGGACACACCCAGUCCUGUGGACCCAGACACGGUGGAGGUGCUGAUGACCUUUGAACCAGACCCAGCUGAUCUUGCCCUGUCAAGCAUUCCAGGCCAUGAGACCUUUGACCCCCGGAGACACCGUUUCUCAGAGGAGGAACUUAAGCCCCAGCCAAUCAUGAAGAAGGCAAGGAAAAUUCAGGUGCCAGAAGAGCAGAAGGACGAGAAGUAUUGGAGCCGACGGUACAAGAACAAUGAGGCAGCCAAGCGGUCUCGCGAUGCCCGGCGGCUGAAGGAAAACCAGAUUUCAGUGCGGGCGGCCUUCCUGGAGAAGGAGAACGCCCUGCUGCGUCAGGAGGUGGUGUCUGUCCGCCAGGAGCUGUCCCACUACCGCGCGGUGCUGUCCCGCUACCAGGCCCAACAUGGGGCUCUGUGAGGCUGCCCCCACCCCCAUCUGGCAGAGCCCUCUUUCUUGCUCAGACUCGCGCCCUCUUCCCUCCCCGCCCUGUGGCCCACGGGCUGGCCAGCUGGGUGCCCCAGGGACCGUGACGAUGCAGAUAAAUACAUUUAUAUUUUUAAGAAAAAGCGAGCCUCCCCCCUCCCUCGCGGGGGCGGGGAGGGUCCUGUGUGUGCCCCGGGCACGUCGGGGACCCCAUCCUCCCACCGCCUCCGUUAACACGAUCCUGAAUAAAUCUUGAGAACCCUAGA